GCUUUCAUUUCCUCCUCCGAGAACCGACAGAUCUCCGGGUGCUGGGCGGUCAUGGCGCUACUGGAUGUAUGCGGAGCCCCCCGAGGGCAGCGGCCGGAAUGGGCUCUCCGGGUCGCGGGAAGCGGGCAUCGCUCGGACCCAGGACACUACAGUUUCUCUAUGCGGUCUCCAGAGCUCGCCUUACCCCGGGGAAUGCAGCCCACAGAAUUCUUCCAGUCUCUGGGUGGGGACGGAGAAGGGAACGUUCAGAUUGACAUGGCCCAUGGCACCACCACGCUUGCCUUCAAGUUCCAGCAUGGAGUGAUUGUAGCAGUGGAUUCUCGGGCCUCAGCUGGGUCCUACAUUGCUACCUUACGGGUGAACAAGGUGAUUGAGAUCAACCCUUACCUGCUUGGCACCAUGUCUGGCUGUGCAGCAGACUGUCAGUACUGGGAGCGCCUGCUGGCCAAGGAAUGCAGGUAAGUGAGGCCUCUCAUCUUCCUUUCUUAGUCUAGUGGUUAAUCCCUGGAUCUCUCAGAUCAUUGCUCCUUACUCUUGUCCUAUGUGGUCCAUCUUAGUGCUAAUAGCAUAUUUCACAAAACAGCUUUUUGGUGAUAAGAACCUUCUCCCAAAUCUCCGCCUGUGCUCCACACAUAAGCCAGAUAAUAUGUCAGUUAUUUAGCACUGACACAUCCACCCUGGUGGGAUAGUAUCAUUUACUAGGCUGCCUUUGUAUGUUUCAGAUACUUUAAAUUCCAAAUCUUUCUCUCAUCUUUAGAUCCUACAAAAUAAUUCCUUUCCAAUGCUUAUCUCUUCCAUCGUUUCCUGUCUCAUCAAGUUGGAAAGAGCUAACCUCCCUUCCCUCACUCCACUUUGUCCUCACCCAGGCUGUACUAUUUGCGAAAUGGAGAUCGUAUUUCGGUGUCGGCAGCCUCCAAGCUGCUGUCCAACAUGAUGUGCCAGUACCGGGGCAUGGGCCUCUCUAUGGGCAGCAUGAUCUGUGGCUGGGAUAAGAAGGGUCCUGGACUCUACUACGUGGAUGAACAUGGGACUCGGCUCUCAGGAAAUAUGUUCUCCACUGGUAGUGGGAACACUUAUGCCUACGGGGUCAUGGACAGUGGCUAUCGGCCUAAUCUUAGCCCUGAAGAGGCCUAUGACCUUGGCCGCAGGGCGAUUGCUCAUGCCACUCACAGAGACAGCUAUUCUGGAGGCGUUGUCAAUAUGUACCACAUGAAGGAAGAUGGUUGGGUAAAAGUAGAAAGUACAGAUGUCAGUGACCUGCUGCACCAGUACCGGGAAGCCAACCAGUAAUGGUGGUGGUGGCAGCUGGGCAGGUCUCCUCCGCGAGGGCUUGGCCGACUCAGGGACCUGAGCCACGUUAAGUCCCAGAAGAAGCAGCCUAGCCUGAGCCAAAGAGAGAGUAUGGGCUCAGCAGCCAGAGGAGGUGGUGAAGUGCAUCUUCUGCGUGUUCUCUAUCUAAACAAGUGUUUCCCCCAGGGAAGCUUCUGGGUGCCCCACUAAGUAGAAUAAAGAAAAACGGUUAUAAAUACCUCUUGUGGCUGAAUGGGGUUGGGCCUGUGGUUGUUGGGUGGGGCAGGAAAUAAAGAGACACUUUUUCUGGA